AUGCCGUCUUUCGCCAUAUCCGCGUCGCAGCUGCUGCGUCGACAGGCUGAGUCUGCCAUUCACAUGGGGCGACUCUCAGCGCGACCUCUGCAAAGAAAACCAACUUCUUCAUUAUCAUCAUCAUCAUCAUCACGAUUUACAGUCCCACGCGCUCGAUUCAGCACGCAACGAGGCACGACUCGCCGCGCACCGAAAACCUCCACCCCUUCCGCCCUUCUCCAGCAACAGCGCACUUUUUUCCAAAAGAGAUUCUCCUCUUCUUCUUCCUCUGCCUCUUCUACCACGACAAAAGCGCAGCCACAGUCACUAUCGCAGCGCCUAAAGACGCUGUCGCGCGAGUAUGGCUGGUCCGCGCUCGGUGUUUACCUGUUGCUUUCGGCGCUCGAUUUUCCGUUCUGUUUUGCGACUGUGCGAUUAGUCGGCGUGGAACGUAUUGGGCAUUUGGAGCAUGCAAUUAUGGACUGGGUCAAGGGUGCGCUGGGACAGUUUUGGCCACUGGAAAUUGAGUCUGUCGCCCAUAAAGAGCCAGGUCAGGGGCAAGAAGGAACCGCCGUUGACGAGCAUGGUGUUAUUGAGGCAGAGAGGAGAAACGUGGAGGAGGGAGCGAGUAUAUGGACUCAGCUGGCCCUGGCGUAUGCCAUCCACAAGAGCUUCAUCUUUCUCCGAGUACCCCUCACCGCUGCCGUCACGCCCAAGGUUGUGCAGACUCUGCGACGAUGGGGUUGGAACAUUGGCAAGAGAACGCCAAAGGGAAAUUAG